GAGCAAACUGGUGUAAGAACUUCAGCAGCUCUUUAGACAGACCAAACCUGUGGGGGGCGGGGGGGCAGAAAAAACAAGCAUGCCAUCAGACGGAAUGCCUCUCUCUCAUGCCAGAUGCCUGUGGACAGAAAGAGGAUUCAUGCUGAAGGUGCCCAGCUGGCGAAAUGUGUGUGUUCUUUACUCCUUUUUCUGUGUCCUGGUUCUGCCGGAUGUCGGAGAGGGGGCAAAAGCUCGCUGUGGAAGAGAACUAAUCGCAGACCUGGAGUUUGUGUGUGGGGACCGUGGAUUUUACAGAGGUAAACCUGGAGGAGCCCGUAGCAGUGGUCCUCGCUCACGUGGGAAAGGCAUUGUAGAGCAGUGCUGCAUUCGAGGAUGUGACCUCCAGCAUUUGGAGUCAUACUGUGCAAAACCCAAGAGACGGCGCCGUCAAGCCCCUUCAUCUCUGCAACAGACUCUGGAAGAGCAGUUCUGGCUGGUGUUUCAAAGGCGAUACCAGAAGUUUGCUGAGAUGAACAGAGAUGAAGAAGCCACAUCUCAAAAACUCAUAGAGCGGACGCUCUACCAUUGGAACUCUGAUGAUUCAGUAUUAUCAAAUUCAAACACCAAUACACCCAACCGGCCACCUUCUACAAACCAGCAUGAUUCACCUUUGCGAGUGAAACCUGUGCCAGUAUUUAUCCACCAGAAUCGAUAGUCUUUGUGGAUCUGCAUGGACCUUUUCUGUGCUUGUAGAAGUAUAAACUGAAAAGAGACACUUGAGGACAAGAUACCAAAGUCACUCAGAAAUGUGUCUGUCAGAAUAAUUGUUGCUGCUGAAAUAGAAGAAAACAGAUAAGAGAAUGUGAAUGAAACUUCAGAGUGGACUGUUUAUGUGUGUCAGUUUUUCCAAAAAUAUGUUGCAUGUUGAAUAAAAUGUUAAUUGUAUUUUUCAAUGUCCCCUUUUUUUAGUUUCUCCUGUAGCACUGAUUCCUGUUCUCAGAUGUACUUGAGAGUGAACUUGCUCAAAGCAAAUUUCGUUUCCAAGUUGAAAACUAUGUUAUUCUUGUGAACUUGCAAGACCCAAAAUAUGAAAACGUAUGCAUAGGCCAUUUUGAAUGUUCAAAUAUGCCAAAUGUGUUUUGUGAAAUAUUACUGAUUUUUGAGGAGGAUGUUUAAUUUAUGUUCUGAGUUUUAUAUUAGGGUUUGACGUUUUUUGAUGCUUGUGAAAUGUCUAUAAGCAGAUUUUGGACAGAAAAACAUUAAAGAAACAUGGUGAGGACACCAUGUUACACAGAAGAAAGAUCUUGAAUUGUAUUGCUUUAAGGAUAACUGGUGUGUAUUUGAUAAAGGAUUGCAUUUAUCUAAUAUACCAGAUCAGUAAUAUACCAAACAGUACUCUGUUUAAAAGAUGCAUUUAGUGAUUUUAGAACUAUAAUGUGAUCUGAAUGCUGCAUAUGGUUUUGAAUUCUUAGAUCUUCCCAAUGACCUUUAAAGAUAGAACAUUAGUCUGUUUACAGUGAAUAAAUAAUAU